AUGGGGUUUGUAGGCAAAUGUUGGGGAUCACAUCCUUUUCAAAGGGAACUGAGCGAGGAUCAGUCGUCUCCGAAAGAGUUCAAAGAUGGGAUUAGGGAAAAGUGUCAGCCAAUUAGGAGGGAUCAUUGGAAAACUACAGAGUCUUAUAGGUGGAUCAGGAAAAUUUUAUCACGACACAAUCAAAAUCUCACGACACCCCUCCCUCCCCCGUCAAGUGGGCAGGAAUUCGCCAGCAGUCCAGUAGCCAGCGGAUUAAUUAUCAAGAUGGCGGCUUUGGCUGGUAUUCGAGUGGUUGAACUCGCAGGACUUGCUCCUGCACCGUUUUGCGGGAUGAUUCUAGCUGAUUUCGGCGCGUUGGUCACGCGAAUAGACAAAGUAAGAACUAUGUCCACUACCGAUAGACUUGCUCGGGGAAAGAGGUCCAUAUCUGUAGACUUACAGACUCCUGAGGGGAUGGCCAUCGUGCGUAAGCUCUGCUUGAAAUCCGAUGUUUUGAUCGAACCUUUUAGACCUGGAGUUAUGGAGAGAUUGGGAUUAGGACCAGAGAUACUGUUGAAAGAUAAUCCAAGAUUAAUUUACGCUCGAUUAACAGGUAGUCUCUAUAAAGUAGAGUCUAAGUGUUAGUUUCGGUAAUUAACAACAGCAACAAUCUGUAAUUGGAAUAACAAAAAUUGCAAAAAAAACAAAAAAAAACCCCAACAGCAAAAUGAAAUUCAUGAUGUAUGUCCUUUAAACAGCAAGUGUUUAGAUUUUUACCUAUAUUUAAUUUUUAUUCACUGCUGGUGAAGUGACAUCAACACUGGGGAUUGUAAACAUUCAACUCAUCAAAAAGUAGACAGUAGGUAAUAUGAGGUGAUAUUUGUUAAGUUAUUUUCCCCAAUUUGUAAGCCUUGUAUAUGAUGCAAUGAUAGUCAACUUACAAAAGUUGACUCAAGUUGAGAGAGCAUUUUGCUGUUGUUAUAAAACAAGAGACACACUUGUUUGUUCAUAGAGGUGCUCUGAAAAGUCAUUUUUAUUAUGUCCACUUACUCACCAAUGUGGAGGUGAAUAGGGGACAAUAUUUACCCAGUUGCAAAGUGGUGAGGUAAAAAUUUACCACUUUCACCAACACUGAGAUGAAUAAUUAUUUCAGUACAUACCAAAUUAAAAUUUAACUGUUGAUGUCUCUUUGGCUGCUCAGAGGUGAGUGGUACUGGCUAGGUAAUUCUAAAUUAGCCAAAAGUAGACUGCAUAAUUAACCUGCGUGGUGUAUGCUGAAUUUGGAUUUUUUUCCAACACAAAAGAGAGGGGGUUGAGUUAAUUUCACCUACAUUAACCCCUCAACUCCUGAGGUGAGUAAUUACAUGGGUCCAUGUUGUCAUUCAUGGUUCAUGGAGUUGAAAUUCCUUUUUCCUUAAUAUUAAGGGUGUUAUUAAUAAUAAAAUCAUCAUGCUUAAAACUGAAUUGCAAAAUUAUUUACAAUUCAAAGGCUAUGGCCAGACAGGAUGUCAUGCUAAGAGAGCUGGUCAUGACAUAAACUAUGUUUCCCAAACUGGGCUGCUUUCAAAGCUUGGACGCAAGGAUGAGAAACCCACUGCACCCAUCAACCUUCUAGCAGAUUUUGCAGGUGGAGGACUGUCAUGUGCUUUUGGAAUUUUGCUAGCUUUGUUUGAGAGAUCUCAAUCUGGAGAAGGCCAAGUUGUUGAUGCCUCUAUGGUAAAGUGUUGUUGAUAUUUUUAUUAUUGAUAUAAAUAAUAUGAAAGAGAGAGCUGUGCUUGAUGUUUUCUGUUAACCCAUCAACUUACACAUGUGGUUAACAUGUCACCCUCAUGGAGUAAUUUUUAUUUUAUUAAGUCAGUUUUUAAAGAUUUCUUUUGUUUAUAACUGUUUUUUUUUAAACUUUUUUCUUUUUUUUGAAGGUUGAUGGCGCAGCAUAUCUAGGAUCUUUUAUUUACAAGAGUCUUGAUAUGGGAUUCAUCUGGCAGCAUCCUGAGCGAGGCAGGAACUUGUUGGAUUCUGGGGCACCUUUUUAUGAUACAUAUCAAACAACUGAUGGAAGAUACAUGGCUGUUGGAGCCAUUGAGCCCAAGUUUUAUCAAAAUCUUAUUAAAGGUUUGUCUUUAACAUUUGUUCUUUGCACCAUUAAGUUGUAAAUUUAAAUCAAAAAAACAUUUUUAAAAUUAUGCUGUGAUUGGUCAUUGAAUACCAUUGAAUCUGAUGAUUGGCUAUUUAAACAAGCAGUGGCCAUUUUCUUGAGCAAAAGGGUAUUCUAAAGAUCUUCAAUUUAGCCACAUUAUUUUAUGAAUCUGACCUUAAUUUGUAAAGGUUUGAGGAGAGUCUUGCUAUAAUCUUUGACUGAAUCACUAGAUUUAUACAAAUUCCUUACUUUUGGCCAGUCAUCAAAAGUUACAACAUUUUGGGAGAAAAUUGUAGUUAAGAACGCUUGAAUUGCAAAAUUUAAUGCCUUUUUUUCAUUUUUGCCUAUUGAAAUUGGGAAUAUAAACCCCGCAAAAUACCAUUGCAUUGCAUCUAAUUUCUUCCAGCAAUUCAGAUGAAUGCAAAAUUAAAGACCUGCAAAAUAAAUUACCAAUAAGGUAGUCACUCCAAGGAUUUUAAGGGUAUAAGGUUUGCAUUUUACUGAAGGUGAUAAAUUUUUUUAGGGCUCCAGUUGGAAGAAAAACUUCCAUCUCAAUUUGAUAUAGAUCAAUGGCCAAAGGCUAAAGAGGAAAUUACGAAAGUGUUUCUAACAAAGACUCAGUCUGAGUGGUGGGAAUUAUUCAAGAAUCUUGAUGCUUGUGUAACACCAGUUCUCACUAUGGAUGAGGCACCUUAUGAACCACACAAUGAAGAAAGAAAGACGUUUAUUUGGAGUGAUGGAGCAUAUGAACCUACUCCUGCUCCCAAAUUGUCCAGAACACCAGGCUGUUGUGAGAGCAAGCCUCAGCCAAAGAUUGGGGAACAUUCCAUGGAGGUUUUACAAGAGAUUGGUUAUACAAGAACAGAAAUUCAACAGUUGAUUAGUAAGGGUGUGGUUGAUUACGUAGACAUGAAAUCUUCUCUUUGACAAGGUGUAGGAUGCCUUUUUUGACCAGUUAAUAAAAAUUUUUAGGUUCAGUACUGAGGACACAAGUUUAUGGAGGCGUAUAGUUGUUCAAGUUCGUACAAUUUUGAACAGAAUAAAAAAUCAAUAAACUUGUAAAUAAAUCCU